GCCCUUGCUGCCAUCACAGAGAGUGUCAUUUAUGUAACACCAGAGCAGUUCCAAUGAGAGAGCCGCAGAGAGGAUAAAGCCUGGACCGCCUAAUGGCCUUCCCCAGAGGUGUUUAAUAACGUGGAUUUAAUAGACUGCCGAGCAAAGAGCAUGGGAGUGUCUUUUUCACUGGGAAUGGGAAUUCGAUAUAGCCAUCAACGUCAUGGCUCUCUGUGCAACGAUGGAGAGCCCCGCCCCCCAAGCAGAAAUGCUUUUAUCAAGGAGAGAAAAAUGGGGUUGAACGACUUCAUUCAGAAGCUUGUGUCCAAUCCACAUAUUUGUCAGCAUGCUGCUGUUGAAUCAUUCCUGAAAAUCGAUGAGAACCAGAAUGAGGCGAUGGGAGGUGGGCUCAGGUCGAACUCGCUAUGUCUGACUGGACCCAGAGGCUCUCUGGCAGAAGAGACUCAGAUUAAGCCAUGUGACUUCGACUACCUGAAAAUCAUUGGCAAAGGGAGCUUUGGAAAGGUCCUUUUGGCGAGGCACAAGGAGACUGCCCAGUACUAUGCCGUAAAAGUCCUGCAGAAGAAGAUCAUCCUGAAAAAGAAAGAGCAAAAGCAUAUCAUGGCGGAGAGGAGUGUCCUCAUGAAGAACAUCAAGCAUCCAUUCCUAGUGGGCCUGCACUACUCUUUCCAGACCACAGACAAGCUCUACUUUGUGCUGGACUAUGUCAACGGAGGGGAGCUGUUCUACCACCUCCAACGCGAAAGAGUGUUCCUGGAGCCGCGUGCCCGGUUCUACGCUGCUGAGAUUGCCAGUGCCCUUGGCUACCUCCACAACCUGCACAUCGUUUACAGAGAUCUUAAGCCAGAGAACAUCCUUCUAGACUCUCAGGGUCAUAUUGUCCUGACUGACUUUGGCCUCUGCAAGGAAGGGCUGGAAGCAGAUGCAACAACAACCACAUUCUGUGGAACUCCUGAGUACCUUGCACCAGAGGUUCUUCAGAAGCAAGCGUACGACCGCACUGUGGACUGGUGGUGCCUGGGAUCUGUCCUCUAUGAGAUGCUGUAUGGACUGCCUCCCUUUUACAGCCGCAACACUGCAGAGAUGUACAACAACAUUCUGAACAAGCCUCUGGUGCUCAAGCCCAACGUGUCCAAUGCUGGCCGUGAAUUACUGGAGGGCCUGUUGCACAAGGACCGCACCAAGAGGCUGGGAGUCAAGGACGACUUUCUGGAACUGAAGACUCAUGCCUUCUUCUCACCAAUCAACUGGGAUGACCUCAUGGCCAGGAAGAUCACCCCUCCAUUCGUUCCCUCAGUGUCUGGGCCUACAGACCUGAGGCACUUUGACCCAGAGUUCACCCACCUGCCCGUGUCUGCGUCUCUGUGCAACGGCGAGCAGCAGCAUGUUACUGGCAGUAUGCGCGAGGCCGCCGGUGCCUUCCCCGGCUUCUCCUACGGGCCCACCCACGAUCACCUGAUGUAGGUCGCGGUGCGGAACCCCGGAUCCCCCCCGGUCAGGCCUGAGUCUGUGCCCGUUCCCGUUCCCGUUCGUCCAUUCCCUACUGGCGGUAGAAUACGCAAGGGGUCAGCACACGAAAAGUGACGGAGGCCAUUCUCAUGACGAUGGGUCAGAUGUGAAACCGUCACCUCUUCCCAUAAACUGUCAAUGACGCCUUACUUCCAAAAAGGCAGUGCUUAAGGGGGACCAUCCCAUCCUAGACUGGACAUGAGAAAUCUUUGCACAAGAUAGGAGACGAGCGUGAGGACUGCGUCAUUUGAAAAAGAAAAGACACAUGAUCUUUUGGCGGCGUCAACACACCGGAUCGAAUCCUUAGGACUAGCAGGAAGUGUGCCAAGUUUGAUAUCAUGGACACGUCGGCCUGCAGCUCUGUUGUAACCAUGGAAACACAGCUGCUCUCAAGAGUGUGUGGUGAAGUGCCUGAAUGUUUUUAGGCUGAAAAGCUUUGGAGGAAAACAACUGCAUUGGACACUGACUGCCCAAGUUUUUUUUUCUCCAAUGGUUGACGCUGGUGUCAGCCGUUUGUGACGUGCUAUGUGUUGUUUAGUUUUGGCAUAUGAUCAAGAUUUUUACAUGUUCAUCAUAUAAAUAUAUUUUUUCACGUUGGCACAUCCUUUAUGUUGUUACGGUACACUUUUUUUUGUUAUGUUGAUGCUUUAUUGCACUCCGGGAAACAAGGUUCAUGAGAAGUACUGUAUGUGUUUGUGGAUGUAUGGCGAGCAAAGGGUCUUAUAUGAAUCAGACUGCUCCAUCUCAAAGAGUUCAUAUCAUUACCAUUAUGAGUGAAACAUUUUAACCCUUUAUCAUCUAGUCUGAAAUAUUUUAAUUAACUUAUUUAAUCUUCUGCAUGGACCACGUAGUACAUCAAAAUCCUGCUCUUCCUAAACUGUUUCAGUUUUAAUUCAUUCAAAGAGUAGGCACUAGUGAUACCCAUGUAGUAGAUUUUGCACCAUAUUGUCAAAAAAAAACACUCCACCAAAGUCUGUUUGUUUUUGUAAGUCUUACAGGUCAACACAUACAUAGAGGUUCUUAUGACUGAAUGACAUAACAGUUGAAUACAUUGCAAUUGUAGCUGUAUUAAUAUAUCAUAUUAACAUGAUUAUUUUUGAAUAUAAAAUCCAUGGAAAACAAUGUCUUGUUUGCCCUGUUUCCUACUUAUCCCAGCACUUUUAUACUGUACAACUACCGACCAGGUAUUACCUUGGCAUGUGACUUGCUUGUGAAAUAGGAACAAAAACAAUAUUUUAUCAUCAACUAGAAUUGGGGAUGCAGAUUAUAUUUUCUAUCAGCAAUAGUAGUUCUCGAGCAACCAAAUACACUCUGUAUUUUUUUUUUUUUUUUUAAAUCAAACUUCUCAGAGUAGCUUUCUGCAAUGGAAACCAUUGAUUGUACUGAAACCAGAUACAUCAUUGUAGAAAACCUGUAAGUGGUUGUUUUUGUUAGAGAACUGAUGUGUCUUCUGCUGUGUGUGCACCUACCCAUAGGCCCCAUUGGGCCGGUUCUGACAUGUGGACAGUUAGAUGUACCCCUAGUUCACCUGCAUGAUGUUGGCAAGAAACCCUAAUGCUAUGCAGCCAAACCAACUAGAACAUACUGUACAUGAAGCAUAAGAUGAACAGACUUAUCAAGCAAUGGAGUGACAUUUCACACUAGAGAGAAUAAUCAGGACGGUCUAACUUUAACAUUGAGUGCCCUAAAAUGAUUUUAAAUUAUUGACUCCUGUUGCAUUUUUACCAACAUUCUCUUGGUUCUGUUGAUUGGAAAUAACAUAUAAAAUUGCAAUACUGUUCUAGUUUUUUUUUUCUUUCCAUAUUUGGAAGUCCUGAACUUGUUUUACAUAUUUUUUGUGUAUAUUUAUUUACGUGUCAUGAAUUGUACAUUGAAAGAUUAUUGUAUAUAGUGCAUUGUUGAAAUGAAAGUGAUACAUUUGAAAUGAACCCUUAAAGUCAAAUAAAUUUGUAGGAAUUACAUAAAAAUGUGAA